CUUCAGUAAGGAGCCUGUUGAACUUUUGAAUUAAAUUAGAUCAAUCUCACAAAGUUAAAUGAAUGUGUUUACUUUUAUAUUUACCAUAAGUGCAAUUUGUGGCUUUGACGCCUUUAAAACAGCCAUAAUUCCCAAUGAGUUUAUUGUUCAUUUCCAUUCUAAGUACUUUGCACCGGUCCGCGAAUCCUUUAUUAAAGCCAAACUCUUUGGGUCGAAUAUCACAAACUGGAAAAUAGUUCGUCGUGAAAAUUUAGCUUGGCAAUACCCAAGCGAUUUUGAUGUUUUACGAGUGCUAGCUAGUGACGAGACGUUUGCCAAGUUAAUUGUAGAAAGGAUUGAAUCUCACCCAUCAGUGAAAGCAAUAGUUCCUCAGCGAAGUGUGCGGAGGAUCCUGAACUAUACCCCGUACAGAAAUUUGACGAAUAUAAACCGUCACACGCAAGGAGUGUUGAGAAAUAGACCAGCAAACAAUGAUCGACAGCGGCAGGUUUGCUCCGUUCUGCACGCUAAUGUCCUUUGGAAACUUGGAAUUACCGGCAAAGGAGUCAAAGUGGCUAUAUUCGAUACUGGCCUAACCAAAAACCAUCCGCAUUUUCGAAAUGUGAAGGAACGAACCAACUGGACAAAUGAAAAGUCCCUAGACGACAGGGUAAGUCAUGGGACCUUUGUCGCCGGCGUAAUCGCCUCCUCCAGGGAGUGCCUAGGUUUUGCUCCUGACGCCGAUCUCUACAUAUUUAAAGUCUUUACGAAUUCUCAGGUCUCUUACACUUCCUGGUUUCUGGAUGCCUUCAACUACGCGAUUUACAAGAAAAUAAAUAUUCUUAACCUCAGCAUAGGCGGACCAGACUUUAUGGACUCGCCGUUCGUUGAGAAGGUUUUGGAAUUGUCCGCUAACAAUGUGAUAAUGAUAUCGGCAGCAGGAAACGAUGGACCCCUAUAUGGGACUCUGAAUAAUCCUGGUGAUCAAAGCGAUGUGGUUGGUGUCGGCGGUAUUCAGUUUGAUGACAAAAUCGCCAAGUUUAGUUCAAGAGGAAUGACCACGUGGGAGCUUCCUCUGGGCUACGGGAGAUUGGGGCUCGAUAUAGUCACGUACGGAAGUCAAGUGGAAGGAAGUGAUGUGCGCAAGGGAUGCAGACGCCUUUCGGGAACGUCCGUUUCGUCUCCAGUUGUUGCAGGAGUAGCUGCACUGCUUAUAAGCGGUGCAUUUCAGAAAAUCGAUUUGAUAAACCCGGCGUCGCUUAAGCAGGUGCUUAUCGAAGGUGCCGAGAAGCUUCCGCACUAUAACAUGUUUGAGCAGGGAGCUGGAAAACUGAAUCUGUUGAAGAGUAUGCAGCUGCUGUUGUCUUAUAAACCGAAGAUUACUCUUAUUCCAUCAUACCUUGACUUUACCUUAAACUAUAUGUGGCCGUAUAGCUCUCAGCCGUUGUACUAUGGUAGCUCAGUGGUAAUUGCAAACGUGACAGUACUCAACGGCAUUUCCGUCACCAGUCAGUUAGUUGGCACCCCCAAAUGGAUUCCUGAUCUUGAUCAUCAUGGACAAUUUCUACAAAUAUCAACACAAGUCUCCCCUAUAUUUUGGCCGUGGACCGGAUGGUUGGCCUUUUUCAUUGCUGUAAACAAGGACGGCGAGAACUUUGAAGGGGUUUGUAAAGGAAGUAUCACGUUAGUCGUCGAAAGUUUUAAAGAUUCAACGAACGAAAGUCAUACAACCGAAAUAGAAUUCCCGAUGUCCAUAAAAGUAACCCAAAAACCUCCAAGAAACAAGAGGAUAUUAUGGGACCAAUACCAUAGCUUAAGGUAUCCGCCGCGUUACAUACCACGAGACGAUCUUAAAGUAAAGUUAGAUCCUCUGGACUGGAGGGCGGACCAUAUACACACAAACUUUAAGGACAUGUAUACACAUUUACGAAAUGUUGGCUAUUAUGUUGAUGUUUUGCGAGAACCAUUCACCUGUUUCAACGCUUCGGACUAUGGCGCACUGUUGAUCGUUGACCCUGAGAGAGAGUUUGGCGACGAUGAAAUAAACGCUUUAAAAGAAAACGUUUAUAAUAAAGGUCUGAAUGUCGUGAUAUUCGGAGAUUGGUAUAACACAACGGUGAUGAAAAAAAUCAAAUUCUUUGAUGAAAACACCAGACAAUGGUGGACACCGGACACUGGUGGCGCUAAUAUUCCAGCCUUGAAUGAUUUGUUGAAGCCAUUUGGAAUAGCCUUUGGCGACUUUGUCGGAGAGGGACACUUUAAACUGGGCGAUCAUUCAAUGUACUACGCAAGUGGAGCCGCAAUUACUAAGUUUCCAAUGAACCCAGGAGAUAUUUUAGUCGGAACAAAGCUAAAUGAUCAAGGACUUUCAAUUAUAAAUGCUAAGACAGCCAACAAGGAGGCUAAGAUAGAUUUACCUAUUUUCGGAAUGUUCCAAACUAAAGCGAACAGUAUUGACAGCAAAGAGGAGAUAAUGAGCCUUGCAGAAAGCAAUUUGGUUGAGGCUAUACCCACGGAUUACUCAACAUUCAAGAACAGAGUCUUGCUACUACGAAAGAAGGAACGUAGUAUCAGCUUAGCCAAAGUCAAUACCAAUAGUGAAGGACGAAUCGCCGUAUAUGGGGACUCAAACUGUCUGGAUUCGACGCAUCUGGAGAAAGCUUGCUACUGGCUGUUGAUCACAUUUCUAGAUUUUGCGAUAAACUCUCACAAAUCGAGCUUGUUGCAAAACCUUAAUCGUAUAUCGGAAUUUCAUAAACUUAAAAGACCCCCAUUACCUCUUAGGAUAUCAAGCAAUAAUUCAAAAUCAAGUCCACAACACAAUAUUUGUGAAAAGAUUCAUUGGCUUCCCUUGUCGAAGAGAGAAUCCGCUGAGCCGAGAGAAUCUUCUAUAUUAGACGUAGUUACAAGGGAAACUGAAGAAUAUAAUAUCGAUUUAAUUAAAAAUUUAUUGGAUUCAGAGAUCACGAAAUUGUCCUUAAACAGUGACUACUUUACAGCCAGCCAAGACGCCGAUAGCUUAAGAACUCCAAUUAUAUUUAUGGUUUGUUUAAGCUUAAUUGUUAUUAUAUUAUUUGUUUUAUUCAUAAAACGUAGAUAUAUUCUGUAAAUAAAUAUUUCAUUACUUAAAAAAUCCAAAAACUCGUACAGU